CAAACUAUCAAACGAACUCUUAUAAGACAUCAUGUGGCCUCCACAGUUAUUAUCACUGUGCAUAAGGGUUAUUGUUGUCUUUUGAACUUAUUUCCUUUUUUAAAUCAUAAAAAUCAUUAAGGUACCACUAGUUAUGGAAGAUAUCCAAGGGAUAUUUGUCAGAUAGGUUCUCUUUCUAUUAAAUCAACAAGCUGCUAUACUUACAGUUGCAGAUUCUGAUGUCGGCAAAUGUGAAAUCUCGCCGGAAAAAUUUCACCUGAAAACACUAAUCUAAGUCCUUACAUCCAUUUUCCAGCGUUUGUUUCACCCAGAAUAAUAGCGUAAUUUUGUGCUGUUUUGCGGUUUUUUGAGAUAUGCAAGAUAUACAUCCGAUCGGAGGUGGAGGCGGACGGUUUUUCCACGGUGGAGACCGUAGACUAAGGCCAAACCAUCACCUAAACCACCAACAAGCCUUAAAAUGUCCACGUUGUGAUUCACUCAACACAAAAUUCUGUUACUACAACAACUACAAUCUCUCUCAGCCACGUCACUUCUGCAAGAGUUGCCGGCGUUACUGGACUAAAGGCGGUGUCCUUCGUAACGUCCCUGUCGGUGGUGGUUGCCGGAAAAGCAAACGUUCCAAACCUAAAUCCACUCCUACUACCGAACCUGCUGACGUGGACGCUCAAGAAGAACAUAAGUCCGAUGAUCAUUCUAGUAGUGAGAGUUCUAGUCUUACUGCGACAACAACAGCUGCAACCGCGGUGAAUGCUACUUCUGGUGGGCCUACCACUGAAGAUGUGUCGGCCACUUCAUCAAACUCAGCUUCAACUUACCUCAACUUUCAUGAGUCCAACUUUUUCUUACCUCAAAGUACUAACCAAACUUUCGUUGAUCAUCAGCCAUUAAUGGAAAAUAACUCAGCAGAACCUCAGUUUCAGGACAUUGGGAACUUUACAAACAUGAUGGCGUCAUCGAAUGAUCAAUCUAUGUUAGGGUUUAACAUGUCUGAUAUUCCGGGUUACCGGUUGCCGGAAAACCAGAACUCAAAUGAGCAGUGGAAUCAACAAAUGAAGAUCCCAUCUGAUGACUUGAAGAUGGAACAGAUGGGUACGAGUUACUUGAAUCAAACGGGUCGGGUUGAGUUUCCUGGGUUACAGCAGAGCAUGGUAAACAACAGUGAACUUGCUUCACUGGAUCAGGGGAUGUAUGAUUUAACGGGAGCCGUUGAUCAUUCUUACUGGAGUCAAACACAGUGGGGUGAAAAUGAUCACUCACUCAAUUUUCUACCUUGAUCUUUUCUCCUUUUCUAACAAAAAACAUUAAACAAAAUAAAUGAAGUUGGAAAAUUGAGAAAGAGAAAGGGAAAAAAAUGGGGAACAAGAGGAAUAUGCUUCUUUUCUGAUAACUAUAUGUUGGUAUGUAUAUUCAUUUCUGAUGACAUUUUUAAGUUUGGCCUUGUUUUGAUUUGGCUAGCUGGAGUUAGGGUUUGGAAUUUGUAAUUUCUAUUAUUAUCAUGCAAAUGUAACUGACCUCUCCACGCUUAUUACUUUUCCUUUUUGUUU